AUCAACCAACAGCGAUUUUAGCUCGUCAGCCACUUAUAGCAUGUAUAUCAAUUCGAGACUUUCUAGCUCAAUGUAUACUUCAGCCGAUAGGACGAGAAACAUGUAUGAAAAUAUGAAUGGAAUGAGUGAGAUGGACGCAUUAUAUGGUAAUGAGGAUCUCUACACUGACAUCAGUCAAAUCAAAUCAUCAAAAGUCAAUGAGUCGUCUUUAACACGGAGUAGAAGUACACAGAACAGUGAAGACAUUCAAGAAAGACUGAACUAUUUUGACACGGAAUCAAGAAUUACAGGUAUGGUUUAUGUGAAUGACAUCAUCAUAGUUGCCAGUCAUUCUGCAGGAUUUUGUACUGGUUAUGACAUCCAUGGUAAAAUCUUAUGGGAUAUAACAGAAAGAUUGAAUGGACCCUUUGAUGUAGCAGCUUAUACGUCAGACGACAGGAAAGAAUACCUUUACAUCACAGAUCCUGGAAGACGUUAUUUAUCUUCAGACGCAACAAUCCAUGUCUUCAAAUUGAGGAAAAAUGAUCGAUACAGUUUUGAGAAAAGAUUUACGAAAAAUUGUGAUAAACCGCAAGGAAUUUGUGUAGCAUCCUCAAAAGUUUAUGUUUGUGAACCAAGGAAAAAUGAAGUAAUCGAAUAUACCAUUCGCAGGAAUGGGACAGGACAAGUUCUUAAUAAAUACGGAAAAGGUGUUUUGUUUCUUAAGCAACCCUCGUAUGUUUCGGUGGAAACAGGUGGUUCCAAAAUUAGACUUUUGAUAUCCGAUAAAGAACUUGGCUUAAAAAGAGUUGUGCUCUCCGAGAGGGAAAGCAAUACAAGUGGUUGGAAAAGUCCGAAGGGUGAAUAUUUCACUCCGUCCAAACCUUGUGUUUGUAAGAACAAUGUUGUUGUAGGAAAUUCAACAGGUCAAAAAUUACAUUUUGUAAAUUUUCAGACUCGAAUGUUGAGCCACAAAGAAUAUGAAAUUGAAAAUAUUUUUCACAGUCCUGUUGCACUUGCGUUUGAAAGCAAUCAGGGAUACCUUAUAAUGGCGUGUAAAGAUGGUCAUGUUGUCAUAUAUCGCACUGUGGAUCAAGUGGAAAUGUAUGAAAUAAUUCCUGAAGUGAAAAACGAUGAUCCAGUCUAUGUAAAUCAUUAUUUUCCAAUGUAAUUAGAAACAAGCUUAAUAUAAUGUUAUCGUUAUAAAUUAAUUUGAGCUGUUUCAUAAACAAUAGAAUUAAAAAAA